AUGGCAGAAUUCGAAUCAGACAUCCCCAAAAUCCCCGACUACACAUUGUCGGAGAAGCAAUUUCUCAUCACCAAUGGUGCUGCCGAGUCCCAGACCCUUGUGGACGAGAUUCUCGCCACCAUCAAGGAAAACAACAUGGCUCCAUACUAUAAGUACUUGACCACUGAGUUGCCACAGCAGUUUAAGUUCGACGAGUCGUUCUACAACUCGAUGGAAAAGGUCAACGAGGAGAAGAUUUCUGCUCUUAAGAAAGAUGUCCAGGAGGCAGAGGGUGAGGAGGAGACCGAGAUUGACCUUGUGGCUAGUUACACCAAGCUUGCAGAGUACUACACUGAGAUCAUCGACAGACAGAACGCUUCUACUACUUACAACAAGUUGCUUGGGUUGGCACAGAGUACGGGAUCCAAGAUUGACAUUUUGUUGACAUUGGCCAGGUUGGAUUUCUUCUUUAAUGACUUUGCUGCUGUUUCCAAGACGUUGAACGAGGUGGAGACUUGGAUUGAAAAGGGAGGCGACUGGGAGCGCAGAAACAGAACGAAAACGUAUAGAGGUAUCUACCACUUGGCCACUCGUAACUUCAGCGAGGCCGCCAAGUUGUUGAUCGACUCGUUGGCUACAUUCACAUCUACUGAGUUGUGCUCGUAUGAGCAGAUUGCUCAGUACGCUAUCAUCGCUGGCGUGCUUUCUUUGGACAGAGUUGACUUAAAGUCGAAGAUUGUUGACUCGCCAGAGAUCUUAUCCAUAUACUCCAGCGCCAAGCAGUUGGAGCCACUCGUGAGCUUGACCAACUCCUUGUACACCUGCCAGUACAACUACUUCUUCCAGUACCUUUUAGAAACGUACGACCAGUUGUUGUUGACUAACAAAUACCUCAAGACCCACGCCAACUACUUUAUGAGGGAAAUGAGAUGCAAGGCAUACGCUCAGCUAUUGGAAUCAUACAAGUCAUUAUCGUUGAAGUCGAUGGCCCGCAACUUCAGCGUCAGCGAGGAGUUCUUGGACGCCGACUUGUGCAGAUUCAUACCCAACAACAAGUUGAACUGUUACAUUGACAAAGUGAAUGGCAUUAUCGAGACCAACAGACCAGAUAACAAGAACAGCCAGUAUCACCAGUUGAUCAAGCAAGGUGACGGCUUGUUGACCAAGUUGCAGAAGUAUGGAGCCGCGGUGAAGUUGAGCGGUGCCGAGAGAGUUGCCUAA